AUGUCUACUCAAGGUCAAGUAACUGCCAUUGCUUGGGAAGCUGGUAAACCAUUAUCAAUUGAAGAUAUCGAAGUUGCUCCACCAAAAGCUCAUGAAGUUCGUAUCAAAAUAACAAACACUGGUGUUUGUCAUACUGAUGCUUAUACUUUAUCAGGUGUUGAUCCAGAAGGUGCCUUCCCUGCAAUCUUGGGUCAUGAAGGUGCUGGUAUUGUGGAAUCUAUUGGUGAAGGUGUUACAAGUGUUAAAGUUGGUGAUUCAGUUAUUGCUUUAUAUACUGCUGAAUGUAAAGAAUGUAAAUUUUGUAAAAGUGGUAAAACUAAUUUAUGUGGUUCUGUUAGAGCUACCCAAGGGAAAGGUGUUAUGCCAGAUGGUACUGUUAGAUUUAAACAUAAAGCCAGUGGUAAAGAAUUAUUACAUUUUAUGGGUUGUUCAACUUUCUCACAAUAUACUGUUGUUGCUGAUGUUUCAGUUGUUGCUGUUAACCCUAAGGCUCCACAAGAAAAAACUUGUCUUUUAGGUUGUGGUGUUACUACUGGUUAUGGUGCUGCGAUAAACACUGCUAAUGUUCAAGAAGGUGAUAAUGUUGCAAUUUUCGGUGCUGGUUGUGUUGGGUUAUCUGUUGUUCAAGGUGCUGCAUUAAGAAAAGCUAAUAAGAUUAUUGUUGUUGAUAUUAAUGAUUCUAAAAAAGAAUGGGCUGAUAAAUUUGGUGCUACAGAUUUUGUUAAUCCAACUAAAUUACCUGAAGGUCAAACUAUUGUUGAUAAAUUAAUUGAAAUGACUGAUGGUGGGUUAGAAUAUACGUUUGAUUGUACAGGUAAUGUUAAUGUUAUGAGACAAGCUUUAGAAUCAUGUCAUAAAGGUUGGGGUGAAUCAAUUAUUAUUGGUGUUGCCGCUGCAGGUAAGGAAAUUUCAACAAGACCAUUCCAAUUGGUUACUGGUAGAGUUUGGAAAGGUAGUGCUUUUGGUGGUGUUAAAGGUAGAACUCAAUUACCAGGUUUUGUAGAAGAUUAUUUAAAAGGUGAAUUAAAAGUUGAUGAAUUUAUUACUCAUAGACGUCCUUUAAUUGAAAUUAAUGAAGCUUUUAAAGAUAUGCAUAAUGGUGAAUGUAUUAGAGCUGUUGUUAAUUUUGAUUAA